AUGCGCCGUGAGCCGGCGUUACAUGCUUUGCUCGCAUUUGUACACAUUUGUAUUAAUUUCUGAUAAUUCCAUCGAUCGAUUUUUCAUAAACAGUCUUGUUAUUCAAUCAAAAUGGUCGAAGAACAAAGAAAACGUGUAGAAGAUAACAUGGCGCGAAUAGUCGAAGAUCUUGACAAGACAUAUCUGAGGAAGAUGCAGGGCGACAUGCAUAGAUGUGCCGCAAAAUGCUGCGAUAAUGAAACUUACAGCUCUCAAAAAGUACGCUCCUGUGUGGAUAAUUGCAGUACGUCUUUAAAUCAAGCACACGAAUAUAUGCAAGCAGAAUUUGAAAGGACACAGAAUCGAUUACAACGUUGCAUAAUGGAAUGCAACGACAACAUACGAGAUAAGAUGGGAUCGAGUCCUGCACAAAAUGAAGUUAAUACAUAUGUGGACGACUUUGAAAGAUGUGCUACAAAGUGCGUUGACAAUUAUUGCGGACUCCUACCGUCUUUGGAGAGCAACAUGAAGAAAGUUCUUGCAAGUAGAAAGUUCGACCAUUAACCCACCUAGGAUGAUACAUAGUCGAAGAUCCUUGUAGAUAAUGUAUUACAAAAUUUUUCUUUCAAACUGGUGGCUCGUCACAAUUUUAAUUAUUGAACUCUUUUUCCACAAUAACCAUAAAAGUGUACAUAUUAAUAUUUGUUAUCUGCACCUUCAUAUGUAAAUAAUUUACGGAUAUUCACGUGGUAGAACAAAAAUAAUGUACUCCAUAUAUUUAGCAUAAGAAACAUUUCUUAUACAUGCAAAAUGAAGUAUCGAUUUAUUCCAUACUUCGGGGGAAACGUUUUUUAUUUUCCGCUUAAAUACGGAAUAAAAAAAGAACAACUAUUUUAAAAAUAAAUCAUUUGCUUGCCUCGAUUUCUCUCUUCCAACAGUUUUGUUCAUGUUAGAAACCGUAAAAAUAAUUUUCUAAGUGUUCUUGAUUAUGCGAGAAGUAUCUGGUGAGAAGUAUAACGAGGGAAAAGAAUUGCAUGAUCAAUGGUGUUUAUUGAGACUGGUACACCCGGUACUCCUCUUCUUUUCCAUCGUCUCUCGCUCCGACAAAUGUAGUAACAAAUUCUCACUUUACAUGUUUUAAUAUCGUUUCACUUUUAUUGUUACAAUAGACUCUCACUGUUUAUUGCACCCUUCUUCAUGAUAUAAAAUCUUCGAAUCACUCGUUUUCACGGUUUACAAAUUGUCGGUCAAAAUGUACGCGUUCGUCUCCAUCGUUUACUCUCGUUCUCUCUCUCUCUCACUCUCUCGCUCUAAUUCUCUCACGCUUUUAUUGUGUGCCUGUGUGUAUAUCUUUCUUGGAUUGAGAUUCUCCUUUAAAAAAUACAAAUCUGCAAAUAAAUGUCUUAAAUAA